CCUAUAUGUAGUCUGAAAUAGACCCGUCCGCUGAUUAGAGAGCAAACCACUUGUGCAUUUCAGGGGGAUACGCUUCUAUGGUGUCUGUCGCCAUCUGGUGGCCAAUGACUGCAUUUGACACACAGCAUCAUUGCACUGAGCCGUCCUGAUCAUGUGACUGGUCCUCCUCCUCCUCCUCCUUCUCCGAGCAUCUCUCAUCCUGCAGAAUCAGCCCAGGCUCCAUCACCAAAGCUCCAAACUGCCUACAGCCGCCCACAGCCUCACCCCUGCCAUGGCCAGGAACCGAAAAGAGAGAAACAGCUGGGGUGGAUUUACUGAUCGCAAUUAUGACUGGAGCUCAGAAGAGGAGGAAUGUGAGAAGAAGGCGCACCCAGUGCAGGUCCUGGUCGUUAAAGACGACCAUUCCUUUGAGUUGGAUGAAGGGGCAUUAAACCGCAUCUUGCUUUCGGAGUCCGUGAGGGAGAAGGAGGUUGUAGCCGUGUCCGUAGCCGGAGCAUUUAGGAAAGGAAAGUCAUUCCUCAUGGACUUUAUGCUGCGGUACAUGUACAAAACGGAACCUGUUGACUGGCUUGGUGAUUAUAACGAACCGCUAUCUGGUUUCUCCUGGAGGGGUGGAUCUGAGCGGGAGACCACCGGAAUCCAGAUAUGGAGCGAAGUCUUCUUGGUGGAAAAGCCAGAUGGGAAAACGGUGGCCGUGUUACUGAUGGACACACAAGGAACAUUUGACAGCCAGUCAACCCUAAGGGACUCAGCCACCGUGUUUGCCCUCAGCACCAUGAUCAGCUCUAUUCAGGUUUACAACUUGUCACAGAAUGUUCAGGAAGACGAUCUGCAGCAUUUACAGCUGUUCACAGAGUACGGCAGACUGGCCAUGGAGGAGACAUUUCUGAAACCGUUCCAGUCUUUGAUCUUUCUUGUACGGGAUUGGAGCUUUCCAUAUGAAUUUCCUUAUGGUUCUGACGGUGGAGUAAAGUUUCUAGAAAAACGCCUGAAGGUGUCCGAGAAUCAGCACGAAGAAUUGCAGAAUGUCAGGAAACACAUCCACUCUUGUUUUACCAACAUCUCCUGCUUCCUCCUGCCACAUCCCGGCCUCACCGUAGCCACCAACCCCAAUUUUGAUGGCAAACUUAGAGAAAUCGAUGAAGAGUUUAUAAGGAACCUAAAAGUGUUUAUACCUUGGCUCCUGAGCCCGGAGAACUUGGAUGUUAAGGAAAUCAAUGGCAAUAAAAUAACGUGCCGUGGCCUGGUGGAGUAUUUCAAGGCCUACAUCAAGAUUUACCAAGGAGAGGAGUUACCACACCCAAAAUCAAUGUUACAGGCUACAGCAGAAGCGAACAACUUGGCAGCCGUGGCCACUGCAAAAGACUUGUACAAUAAGAAAAUGGAAGAGGUAUGCGGAGGAGACCGGCCAUUCUUAGCGCCCACCGACCUGCAGCAUAAACACCAGGAGCUAAAGGACGAUUCCGUCAAGCUGUUCCGCAGCGUGAAGAAAAUGGGAGGCGAGGAGUUCAGCAGAAGAUAUCUGCAGCAGCUGGAGAAUGAGAUUGAUGAGCUUUAUGUCCAGUACAUCAAACACAACGACAGCAAGAACAUAUUCCACGCUGCCCGAACCCCCGCCACCCUCUUUGUGGUUAUAUUCAUCACAUAUGUGUUGGCUGCUAUCACUGGUUUCAUCGGCCUGGACAUUAUAGCCAGCUUGUGCAACAUGAUCAUGGGACUGACCCUCAUCACACUGUGCACAUGGGCUUAUAUCAGAUACUCCGGAGAGUACCGGGAACUUGGAGCAGUUAUAGAUCAGGUGGCAGCCGCCUUAUGGGACCAGGGGAGCACCAAUGAGGCUCUGUACAAGCUCUACAGUGCUGCUGCCACCCACAGACACUUAUAUCACCACGCCUUCCCCGCUCCACAACACGAGGUGGCUGAAGAACACGACAAGAACAUCUAGCCAGGUUGAGAUUCACCGUCCAGGCCUGGAGGACCUUGGCAACUCUCACUGACAAAAGCUGCAUGAACUUCAGUAUCCACUGACCCCGUAAAAUUCACAGGAGGUCAAGACCUUAUCUUCUGGGGAAGGCUCUGGUCUACUGGUAAGGAGUCUUGGCAUGUCUGCCAUAUUGUUCAGGGCCUGCUUCCUGGGGACUCAAGACGUGGAACCGGCAGGCAACCACGAACCAGGAAAGUAAAGAUACAAUGGCUUUUGCUCAUUUAUUUUGAAAACCAAUGUAUGGUCAUAUACUAACUUCACUGUCAGUCUUGUCCUUUAUUUUACAUCCAGUCGGUUUUUUCCUGGAAGAGAUGUUACUCGCCUUUCCUCACAUAGCUCAUGUUGUCUUAGAGCACAAAAUGGACCGUGUUCCACAUCGAAAUCCUGUUUCCAUCACCUGGUGUGCAAAAACAUUGGCCAGUGCUCUUCACUACUGCAAGCUUUAUUGCUGCCUGUACACUCAUAUUGAUUACAUUGUAUAUUUUUGUUGUUAAUGCACAUCCUGGUAAUAAACUUUGUUUCACAAAGAA